AUGCGCCUUCUUUCGAGACUCGCGCCGCGGCGGGACUGGAGCCCCCCGCGCGCCGUUCCCUGCCCCGGCUGCUGCCAUGUCCAGCAACAACUCCGUCACUCGUCAGGCUCGUCAGGCUCGUCGGCAAAGCCCAAGCCCAAGCCCGAGCCGCCGGCAUCUGGCAUCGCGGCCUUGACUUCGCGACAGCUCCUCUUGGUUUCCGGAUCCGACGCCCCCAAGUUCCUGCAGGGCAUCGUAACGGCCAACAUGAUGGCCCCGGACGGGUUGCCGCGAACCGACGCCUUCUACGCCGGCUUCCUCAACGCCACGGGGCGAGUGAUCCACGACGUCUUCAUCUAUCCCUUCCGGAGCGGCUCCGGCCUUGCCGCGCAGGAGGAGCAUGGGUACCUGGUUGAGGCCGAUGCCGCCCACAUAGCCAGGCUGGCGAAACAGAUCCGGCGGUACAAGCUGCGCGCCCGGGUGACGGUGCGCAGCCUCGCGCCGGACGAGGCGUCGGUGUGGCACGCGUGGCACGAUGCGUCGUCCGCCCCGCGGCCGCCCCUGGCUCCGGCCUCGGGCAAGACCGCAAUCGUCCUGAAGGACCCCAGGGCGCCGGGGUUGGGACACCGAAUCAUCCGGCUCGGCGGCGCCGACGCGCCCGAAAUCGACGUCGAGACCACCUCGGAGGACGCGUACACGGUCCGUCGGUAUCUGCACGGCGUGCCGGAAGGCCCGGGCGAGAUCCUGCCCGAGCUGGCGCUCCCUCUCGAGAGCAACAUGGACCUGAUGAACGGCAUCGACUUCCACAAGGGCUGCUACGUCGGCCAGGAACUCACAGUCCGCACCAGGCACAGAGGCGUGGUGAGGAAGCGCAUGCUCCCGUGCGUGAUUUACGAGACGAGCAAAGCCCCGCCCCAGGCGCUCGUGUACGAUGCCGAGUGCGGCCCCCCGGACGAGCUGACGUCCGACAUGAUCCCUGCCGAGACCAGCAUCGGUCGUUUCGGGAAAAAGGGCCGCAGCGUGGGCAAAUGGUUGAAAGGGGUGGGCAACAUCGGGCUCGGCCUGUGUCGGCUGGAGAUGAUGACCGACGUGGUUCUGCCGGGAGAGCAGGCCGCCGCUACGUACAAGCCGGGGGACGAGUUUGUUCUGGAAUGGGGGGAAGGCGAGGACGACAAGAGCAGCGUCAAAGUGAGAGCGUUUGUGCCAGAGUGGUUACGCCAGGGCUUGACCCCGUAG